GAGCACAUAUUAUUAGAGAACAAAAGCACAAUUCGCUUUGGAUGACAAUGUUUUCAUGCUGCAUCUCAAAGCACAAUCCACACGAAACAGUACGGACAUUUACGGUCAACUACAAUAAAUUGCUACUGAAAUACAUCAUUGAAAUUAAAGCAACCGUACUUGAAUUUGUUGAGCUCACAAUCAUGAACCGCCAGCAAGUUCCGUUUGCGAUAAAUUUGUUACACUUGGAUAUUGAUAUGGCACAAAAUGCAGAGGCCGUAGUCGAGCUGCUUGACGAUAUGCACAGAGGUGAGAGAAGAAAACGGAGGCGGUGGAUAAGAGACUGGCUUUUAAGACGACCCGCUCUCGGCCAAUACGAGACUUUGAUGGCCGAACUGAUGGCUGAAGAUCCGGCGGCAUUCAGAAACUUCCCCAGAAUCGGGCCUGAUAUGUUCCAUGAGCUAUUACAGGUCUUUGGUCCCAAGAUCACGAAGAACCACACCUGGUUCAGACAGUCCAUCAAUCCAGACUUGAAGUUGGCAAUUACCUUAAUGUUCUUGGCCACAGGGGACAGUUACCGUACAUUGAUGUAUGGGUUUCGUGUUGCACACAAUACGAUAUGUAGUAUUGUACGGGACGUUUGUGAGGCCAUAGUUUCAGCAUAUGCUGGGGAUGUUAUCCAGACUGCUACUGAGCCUGAGGAGUGGAAGGCCAUAGCCGAUCAGUUCGCGGCUAAAUGGCAAUUUCCACACGCCUUUGUAGCUCUAGAUGGAAAGCAUGUAGCCAUACGAUGUCCCAAGAGAAGUUGCUCAUUAUACUAUAACUAUAAAGGUUACCAGUCUGUUGUGCUGAUGUCCCUGGUGGACGUCGAUUACCAAUUCAUAUGGGUAAAUAUUGGAUCGCAAGGAGGACGUUCCGACGCAGAAAUCUGGAAUCAAAGCGACCUCAAGUUGGCAAUCGAAAGGGGGUUGAUUGGUAUUCCAGAAGCAACACUUCUUCCAGGUGACGACAGACUAAUAGGAUACUAUAUCAUCGCAGAUGAUGCAUUUGCCAUGAGGACAUGGCUUAUGAAGCCAUUCUCACGACGAGGCCUUCAGAAGGACGAGCGUAUUUUUAACUCUGUCUAGAGCCUGGAGAGUUGUGGUGAAUGCUUUUGGCAUUCUCGCUCAACGAUUCCGAUGCUUAAUGUCUAUUCAGCCACAAAGACCAAAUACGGUUGAAUCGAUAGUUCUCGCAUGCGUUUUCCUUCACAAUAUAAUGCUGGUAAGAUAUCCUGGUGAUCAGAACAUGCAAUUGGACCAAGAAGACGAUGCCCACGAAGUCAUUACAGGGGAAUGGAGUGAAGGGUUUCACAUGGAUAAUUUGCAGGUUCCAAGAGGUAUAUAUCUUGCCACUAUCCGUGCAAAAAAAAGAGAGACUCUACUUGAAGCACAACUUCAACACUAUUGGAUCUGUUGAGUGUCAGGAUAGAAU